ACCCCCUGGCUGUCUUUAUGCUGGACCGGAUCCGGCAGUUCUGCAGCUGGGGAGUCUUUCAAGGCACACUCAGGGGGGGGUCUGUAAAGGGUACGUACGAAGGCCUGCCCUGCUGUCCACGGCCUGUUGUGGUGAGGGGGUGGUGAGCGCGCGGGCGGGCGGACACCCCCUGACUGUCUUUGUGGUGGACCGGAUCCAGCAGCUCUGCAGCUGGGACAUCAAGCACGCACUGCUAGGAGCACACAGCAUCAGCUCCGCCCCCUCCUCUGCCUCCGCCUCCUCUUCCAAGCGCUCCUCUCUCAAGCGUCUCACCAGGAAUGGGGAUGAUGGCAUCCAUAGGCGCACCCACCACGGGCAUUUCUUCUGCCGAGUUCCAGAAAAGGCUCGAUGCAUUCAACGUGCACGACUCAGUGGCGCGCACGCAGAUCCGCGGCGUGUGUCACGAGCGCAUCCUCUCCUCCUACAAGGAGUUCCUCAUGCCCUUCAG